CGUCGGCCGCACCUGACGACCCAAAGUAAGACACCCGGGCCUGGCGCCCGGGAGCCGGCCAUGGACCCGGAACAGGCCGGACAGCGCGCGGACGCCGCGGCGCCCCCGCCGCCUUUUGUGCGCGUCGCCCCCUCGCUCUUCCUCGGGAGCGCGCGCGCCGCGGCCGCGCCGGAGCCGCUGGCGCGCGCGGGCGUCACCCUGUGCGUCAACGUCUCCCGCCAGCAGCCCGGCCCGGGCGCACCCGGCAUCGCCGAGCUGCGCGUGCCCGUGUUCGACGACCCGGCGGAGGACCUGCUGGCGCACCUGGAGCCCACCUGCGCCGCCAUGGAGGCCGCGGUGCGCGCCGGCGGCGCCUGCCUCGUCUACUGCAAGAACGGCCGCAGCCGCUCGGCCACCGUCUGCACCGCCUACCUGAUGCGUCACCGGGGCCUCAGCCUGGAGCGGGCCUUCCGGACAGUGAAGAGCGCCCGCCCAGUGGCCGAGCCCAACCCAGGCUUCUGGUCCCAGCUCCAGAAGUACGAGGAGGCCCUGCGGUCGCGGUCCCUCCUGCUCAAGGAGCCCUCGGGCCCGAGUGAGCCCUAAGCGGUCAGCCCUGGAGGACGACCAACCAACUCCAAAGCAGGACACUGGGGGGUCUCCUGCAUCCUCGGGGUGGGAAGACGUAGUUCAUGCACUGACGGGAGGCUGGGCCAUCCUCUCCUGCCUCACGUCCCACGGAGUUUUCAUUUUCUGUAGCUUCCCAAAGCCCUCUGUCCCCGCUUGAUGGUAGCGUAGGGGUAUGUCCGCAGAGAACUGGGGAAUUGUUCCUCCCCUGGUUCUCAGGUUUACUAGACAGGGCUUGAUCAGGAACAUCAAAACCAUUCAAGAAAACUUAGCCCGAAAAACAUUUACUACAGAGAGGUGGAGGGCGGGGAGCCAAGGUCAGGAGAUGGGGAAACCACAGGAGUCACGAGGACCUGUCACCUUGACCCUGGCUUCCUUCCACAUUCGAGCCUGCCACCAGCUCAGGCCACGGUGGCUUUCCGAAACAGACUCGUAGCUGCUGUGACUCACGGGUGUGGGUUCGAGGCUCUGUGACAGACCGCUCAGCUUGGGCUCCCAGUGUCCACACCCACUUCCUACCUUACUGACCUCCCAGUUUCAGCCAAGGUCAGGCCCAGACCACACUGACCACCCAUGUGUCUGAGCGCGUUAAUUACCCUGGUUCAGAGGCACCUCAUCUGGGCAUGCUACAGCCUGAAGACUAUACUAGAAAAUUAAUCACCCUCAACACUCCUUAAAUAAGAUAAAGAGGAGAGAGUAAAGGAAAAGACAAAGGGGAGAGAGUAAAGGAAAAAAUGGAUAAUACAUGAAUUACAGAUAAUGUAGUCCCUGGUUAACACAUACGAGUGUACACGUAACAAAAUAAUGGAUAAAAUACCGCA